AUGAGAGAAAUCCUCCAUGUUCAGGGUGGACAGUGUGGGAACCAGAUUGGAUCCAAAUUCUGGGAAGUCGUCUGUGAUGAACACGGUAUUGAUCCAACUGGACGAUAUGUCGGGACAUCCGAUCUGCAGCUGGAACGUGUAAAUGUCUACUACAAUGAAGCAUCUUGUGGUAGGUUUGUGCCUCGUGCAGUACUCAUGGAUCUUGAGCCUGGAACCAUGGACAGUGUGCGCACUGGCCCAUAUGGACAGAUUUUCAGGCCCGACAACUUUGUUUUUGGACAGUCUGGUGCUGGGAACAACUGGGCCAAGGGUCACUAUACAGAGGGUGCUGAGCUGAUCGAUUCAGUUCUCGAUGUUGUGAGGAAGGAGGCGGAGAACUGUGACUGCCUUCAAGGUUUCCAAGUUUGCCACUCAUUGGGUGGGGGCACUGGUUCAGGGAUGGGUACAUUACUAAUCUCGAAGAUCAGGGAAGAAUACCCUGAUAGGAUGAUGUUGACGUUCUCUGUGUUCCCUUCCCCUAAGGUCUCGGAUACGGUUGUCGAGCCUUACAACGCUACUCUUUCAGUUCAUCAGCUCGUCGAGAAUGCGGAUGAAUGCAUGGUGCUCGACAAUGAGGCUCUGUACGACAUUUGCUUCCGGACGCUUAAGCUCACCACACCUAGCUUCGGCGACCUCAACCACCUCAUCUCGGCCACCAUGAGCGGCGUCACCUGCUGCCUCCGCUUCCCGGGCCAACUCAACUCCGACCUCCGAAAACUCGCCGUCAAUCUCAUCCCUUUCCCUCGUCUCCACUUCUUCAUGGUCGGUUUCGCCCCUCUCACCUCACGCGGGUCCCAGCAGUACCGUGCCCUAACCGUACCCGAGCUCACCCAACAAAUGUGGGACGCCAAAAACAUGAUGUGCGCAGCCGACCCACGUCACGGCCGCUACCUAACUGCCUCCGCAAUGUUCCGAGGCAAGAUGAGCACGAAAGAAGUCGACGAGCAGAUGAUAAACGUUCAAAACAAGAACUCGUCCUAUUUCGUCGAGUGGAUACCGAACAACGUGAAGUCGAGCGUUUGUGAUAUUCCGCCGAGGGGACUCUCCAUGGCCUCGACUUUCAUCGGGAACUCGACUUCCAUCCAGGAGAUGUUUAGGCGUGUGAGUGAGCAGUUCACGGCUAUGUUCAGGCGAAAGGCCUUCUUGCACUGGUACACGGGCGAAGGUAUGGAUGAGAUGGAGUUCACUGAAGCCGAGAGCAAUAUGAAUGAUCUUGUGUCUGAGUAUCAGCAGUACCAGGAUGCAACGGCCGAUGAUGAUGUGGAGUACGAGGAUGAGGAUUAUGAGGAGGAGGAUCGGAUUUGA